AUGGGUUUGAGUGGAUUUGUGUCCAGCUUUUACUUACGACUACAAGCGAGACGGCUCAACUGGUUAGAGCGCGAAUUCGCUGACCAAAAGGUCCGUGGUUCGAACCCGACCUCUGCAUCUCGACUUCCCCUGUCUACGCUUGGGCAACCUGGCAUUACCUCCUUCGUGCUCCCUUCGCAUGGCAUGGCAGCCGAGAAAGUGAAAACCAUUGGUCAGAUAUGGUCUGCGAUGGGCAUAGAGGGCACGCGACUCCAAGCUAGGAAGGAAACGCUGUCUACUCACUUGUACUCUAUGCUGGAUGCAAUGUUUGACGAGGAGAUAGUAGCACAACAAACAAUAGUGAACUCAAUCAAGGAACUCAAGGUGAAGAUCAGUGAACUAGAAUCCGAACUCGGUUUUACCCACAGCACAUUAGCUGAGCCUUUGAAUUUAAUUCAGACCGAGAAAGCACUGUUUGACCGUUUCAAAUUGUUGGAAGAGAAAGCCUCCUCAAUUACCGAAACUUUCAAUAGCCUCCGUAAUGAAGAAGAGGCUCUGGCUGCCAGGUUGGAUGAACCAACGGCUGUCAUUCUCUUCCGACACGUUCCGAAUCAAGGUCAGCUGCGCACGCUCAAGGAUAAUUUGGAUUUUCUCACACAGGAGAAGCGCUCUCGGCUGCUUCGUCUGUCGGAACUGCGACAGGAAAUACUGAACAUCCAUGGAGCAGUCGAUAUCGGGGAUCUAGCUACACGCAGUCUUUUCAUUCGGCUCAAAUCCGAAGAUGCUCUUGAAACACUCCCCCUAUCGAAGGCGUUUUUGUCCGAGGUUGAUACUUUGCAGUGUGCCUGUGAGCAGCUUCUCUCUGCCGUCCGGUCUGAGUGUGAUCAGUUGUGCGUAGAAAUAGAAAAGCUUGCUCUUCGCCUCAAUCUUGAUCAUGCGGAUUUUCUGGAUUUGGAUCAACCAACGUCCUCCAGUUUCCUCACUCAAAUAUGGUCUGCGAUGGGCAUAGAGGGCACGCGACUCCAAGCUAGGAAGGAAACGCUGUCUACUCACUUGUACUCUAUGCUGGAUGCAAUGUUUGACGAGGAGAUAGUAGCACAACAAACAAUAGUGAACUCAAUCAAGGAACUCAAGGUGAAGAUCAGUGAACUAGAAUCCGAACUCGGUUUUACCCACAGCACAUUAGCUGAGCCUUUGAAUUUAAUUCAGACCGAGAAAGCACUGUUUGACCGUUUCAAAUUGUUGGAAGAGAAAGCCUCCUCAAUUACCGAAACUUUCAAUAGCCUCCGUAAUGAAGAAGAGGCUCUGGCUGCCAGGUUGGAUGAACCAACGGCUGUCAUUCUCUUCCGACACGUUCCGAAUCAAGGUCAGCUGCGCACGCUCAAGGAUAAUUUGGAUUUUCUCACACAGGAGAAGCGCUCUCGGCUGCUUCGUCUGUCGGAACUGCGACAGGAAAUACUGAACAUCCAUGGAGCAGUCGAUAUCGGGGAUCUAGCUACACGCAGUCUUUUCAUUCGGCUCAAAUCCGAAGAUGCUCUUGAAACACUCCCCCUAUCGAAGGCGUUUUUGUCCGAGGUUGAUACUUUGCAGUGUGCCUGUGAGCAGCUUCUCUCUGCCGUCCGGUCUGAGUGUGAUCAGUUGUGCGUAGAAAUAGAAAAGCUUGCUCUUCGCCUCAAUCUUGAUCAUGCGGAUUUUCUGGAUUUGGAUCAACCAACGUCCUCCAGUUUCCUCACUCAACUUCGAGAGGAACGUGAUCGCUUGACGGAGCUGCGACGCAAGAACUUAUCUGUUUUCAUACAUAAUUGCCGAACAGAACUUCAAGAGUUAUGGGAUGCAUGCCGUCUCAGCGAAAACGACCGAGUCGCGGCGAUGAGUCGGGAUAGCGAGGAUUGCAGUGAAUCGGUUCUGGAGCGACUCGAAGCCGAUAUUGUUUACUGGAAAAUUUUCUAUGCCGACCACAAGGAUGUUUUUGAGUCGUUGGAUGCGUGGCAAACUAGUUUCUCACAAUUCAGGGACACUGAGUUGAAAAAGAAAGAUCCAAUCAUUUUGAAAAACCGUGGUGGAAUAUUACUCCAAGUCGAAAAACAGUACAAGCAGUUACAGCGUGAGGUUAAACGUCUGGAGACUCUGCUUCAAAAACUGGCGGCGGAUCCGUUGCAUUCAAAUCUAAUGAUCCACGGCAUGAAGAUACUGGAUUUUAUGGAGGCCUCUCGUUGCCAACAGCUAGAAGAUAAGGAGAAUGAUAUUAGUCAACGAAGGCCGGCUCAACUUAAGAUCACGCUCCUGGACAUGCAGUUACUGAACACGCCACCUGAAAUCCAGGGAGAAAUACUGGAAGUUGUGGAGCGUUUUACGUAUCUUGGAAGCUGUAUUAGUUCUGAUUGUAGUGUGACAGAUGGGGUCAAUGCGCAAAUCUGCAAGGCCCCGGUCGCGCUUGCUAAUUUGAGACAUCUAUGUCAUCAAAGGGGUAUAUCCCUGAAUCUCAAGGGACGUACGUAUCAGGGGGGUAUGAAGGAGAUUACGAAGCGCUUGGGUGCUGUUGGUGCUAUUCGCCUUUCAGGAUGGGGACCGCGUGAUCCUCACUAUGCCUGGUUGGAGACACUACAAGAUAUGGCUGCCAACCGAUGUCGGUGGCGUUCUUGUUGUCAGUUUCUACCCAGAUUGCCUGAGUGA